AUGGCUGCCUUCGAAAUUGUCAUCAUCUCAGACACGGUCUGCCCCUUUUGCUACCUCGGCAGGGCACGCCUUGACCGCGCCAUCGCCCUGUACCGCAAGACCGUCCCUGGCGGGUCCCUCCCGUCGACGACAUUUACGAUCCGCUGGCACGCGUACCGCCUCGGCGAGGCAACGGGGCCGUCGGUGCCCGUUCAGGACGUGGCGGCGGCUCGCUUCGGCGCGGACCGCCGGCCGGCUAAGCACGCACGCAUGGCGCAACUGGGCGCCGAGGAGGGCUUCACCUUUACGUUUGCGGGCCGCAUUGGCCCAACGCGCGACUCGCACCGCGUGGUGCAGCUGGGCUCGCGCUACGGGCAGGCCGUGGCAGACCAGGUGAUGCGCGAGGUGAUGCGCAUGUUCUUCGAAGAGGGCGGGGACAUUUGUAGCUGGGAGGACCUGGCAACGGCGGCGGAGAAGGCGGGCGUGGACAGAGUGGAGGCGAUGCGGUGGCUGGAGGACGGGCUCGGGGGCGAUGAGGUCGAUCGGGAGGUGGAGGAGGCGGCGAGGAUGGGGGUCAGGGGCGUGCCCAAGUUCAUCAUCAAUGGUAAGCACGAGGUUGACGGUGCUGCGGACGUGUCGGCGAUGCUGGAGCAGCUCGUGGCGGCCAGAGGUGAUGAGGAGAGUGCUGGCAAGCCGUUGUCGGGACACGAUGUGUGA